AUGGUAGCUUCCAGCAAGAAGGAAGCACUGUAUGUCUGUCGGGGAGGUGUGCAAGAAGCCAAAUCUCUGCUUUGCUGCGUGAAAAUAUGUCUCAGCCAAAUCGAGAUUGGCGUCUGA